AUGCCGGCCCAACUCAACACCUCCAUCAUGACUGGUCUCCCAAUCCGCAUGCCGACUGAUCAAAACGGAUACUACCGCAAGCAACACAAGCACUCGCGCUCGUCAUACUCGGAAUCAUCCCCCCUUGCCAACUCGCGGAAUAAUUCUCUUACCUUCCGCCCUCCCAAGCGCCUCAUGUCCGCACCAGAUAAGACGAUCGCCAUCAUCAACGCCAGUGGUCGCCAAGCAGCGUCGCUCAUUCGGGUUGCCACCGCUGUCGGAUACCAUGUCCGCGCACAGUUGCGAAAUCUCGAGGGCGUCGUUGCGACCGAAGUUUCAACAAAUCCAAACGUCACUGUUAUUGUUGGUGAUCUCUAUGUUAGGCAUAAGCCGACAGCUGAGAACAGAGAUGUUACGCAAAAUGGCCCUCUUUCCGGUGUCGGAGUCAAUCACGAGCUCAUCUCAAAUCUCUUCCGUGGCGCCCAGCUUGCCUUUAUUAAUACUACUUUUUACGGAGACGAGCUUUCCAUUGGCAAGGCGCUUGCCGAUGCCGCCAAAAAGGCCAACAUUCAACACUUUAUUUACUCAUCAAUGGCCGAUCAUGCGGCUUACAACAAGGAUUGGCCAUCGCUCCCGCUAUGGGCUGUCAAACACAAGGUCGAAACCUACAUUCGCCAGCUGAACCUACCCGCCACUUUUGUCUACACCGGAAUCUAUAAUAAUAAUUUUACGUCACUCUCAUACCCCCUCUUCUGCAUGGAAUUGCAAGAUGAUGGGUCGUUUGUAUGGCAAGCGCCUUUCCACGAGCACGCCAAGCUCCCAUGGCUAGAUGCUGAGCACGACGUUGGCCCUGCCAUUCUUCAGCUGUUCAAAGACGGUGUCGCAAAGUGGCGCAAUGAGCGAAUUGCGCUAGCCUAUGAGUAUCUCACACCUACGGAGGCUUGUGAUCUCUUCUCUCGUGGCGUUGGCCGCCCCGUUCGAUAUGUUCGCGGCCCAAUCGACAUCAAAGUACGCAUCCCUGCCGGAUACCGCCAGCAGCUUGAAGGACUGGAGCAGCUCUUUAAACUGGACGAGCGAGAUCCCAAGAAGCAGCCGCCUUACUUUGGCGACGCAAAACUAGAGCGAAACUGCCCGACUGAAGCGCUUGAGCUGUGGGAAGGUCCUCGAGGUUUGGAAGAGUACGCCCGCGAGGUGUUUCCGCUUGAAGAAGAGGAGAAUGGAUUGACUUGGAUGUUUGAUGAUGAAGAAGUGGAUAUUAAUGACGAGAAACUGAACAUUGCUGCUACGAUUGUCGAGCAGCUACGCUUGAAUGACGACUCGGACGACUCGGACUCGGACGAUGAUGACGGACUGGUUAUGGGAGGACUGAAGCGAACAGCAGAGCAUUGGCUGGCAUGA